GCGUCCGGGCGCCUUUUGCAACACGCGCGUUUGUUUUGUCGUGAGAUAAAGGUCGCGUUGGCGGACUACAUUGUUUUACGCAAAAUCGAUUGGAUACAAUUUUCGGUAAUAAUCUUCCAAGAAAAACAGAGUUACGGCAUCGAAGAUAAUUGUUAAAAAUGGAAAUUAGAUGAAGUUUGGAAAUGAACUCGUCGGAACUCACCGACGGUGAUUAUUGGAAUAGAAAAAGAUGCGUGGAUGCAGUCGUCGAUUUAACUAGGUGCCCCAUCAAUGCUACGAAACUGGUAUUAAUGUGCGAAAGUGUAGGUGAGAAGCUAUACGAGUUCUACUGUCAGUUGAAUAAAUCAAGUGAUAAAACGUUUGUAUGUGCCGAAUGUAAUGAGAACGAAAGCCGUAACGUUUCGGAAAAUAUUACUAUCGCUUUAUUUGGUGUCGAAAAUGUAAGCGAGUUUGUGUUCACAACGGCUUGGAUAAGUAGCACUUAUAAAUGUAGAUAUUUUGGAGACGACGAAAAUUAUUGGACAUGCAUUACGACCAAUUUUAGUUUCAAUUACGUUUCAGUCAACGGAACCAACGGAAGCUUUUUUUGGGAUGGAACUAAUUACGAUUGGAGUUUUCUAUUUGUGGCCGUUUUUAUUAUAGCCGGUGGUUUAGGCAAUAUACUUGUGUGUUUAGCUGUGCUGCUAGACAGAAGAUUGCAAAAUGUAACGAACUACUUUUUACUAUCACUCGCAAUCGCCGACUUACUUGUCAGUCUCUUCGUUAUGCCUCUGGGUGCCAUACCAGGAUUUUUAGGUUACUGGCCGUUUGGAGUAAUAUGGUGCAACAUUUAUACAACUUGCGACGUAUUGGCCUGUUCGUCUUCCAUCAUGCACAUGUGCUUCAUAAGUCUGGGGCGAUAUUUGGGAAUUCGCAAUCCCUUAAAGACGAGACACAGCACGACCACUCGCACAAUAGCUCUCAGAAUUAUACUCGUAUGGCUUCUUUCAAUGUUAAUUUCGAGUUAUAUCACAGUCUUAGGCGUUACAAAUAACGAUAACAUAAUGCCACAAGAAAACAUGUGUGUCAUAAAUAAUCGAGCAUUCUUCGUUUUCGGUUCGCUCGUUUCGUUUUAUAUUCCAAUGGUGAUCAUGGUAGUGACCUAUGCUCUCACCGUGCAACUUUUGAGGAAAAAGGCACGUUUUGCAGCCGAAAAUUUGGAACCUGAUCGAUUUCGGCGAGUGGGAGGAAGAUUCGGAUCCAAAACAGAGAGAACCAUACCAACAAUAUCGGCGCAAAAUUCGAUGUGGCGAACCACAGGUGGUCUUGAUAGGUCGACCCACGCUCUACGGAUAACUUCGCAACUUCCCUACGCAAAUGGAGGGCAUCUUAACAGCGCCACCGGUUCCUCGUCGGGCACCAAGCACCGAGAUCAAAGCACCCAGACACCUGAGAACAUUGCCAAAGAGACCAGAAAUUUUAAGUUGCGUUCUCUAAAACUACAACUCAAUAACGUACCAUCGAAUUUGAAUUUCCGAUUUGCAGCUUUAGUUGUUACGUAUCGAGAACAAUUCGGUCGACUGAAGACGAAAAAAGCGAUACGAGUAAAAGUACAUAAAAAUAAAAACGGAUCACCGUAACUUUACAGAGCCGGAGGGGUUACCAUCAUUUCAAUUUCAUUGCGGGAAAUUGAAAAUAAAUACCGUUUUCGUACUACAGAUAUAUAAUCCCCAUUACGCACGCAGUAAUGAGGACAGACCUUAUCAUACGGAAGCAGCACGUCAUCUUAUGAAAAUAUUAUUUCCCAGACAUAGUCGUAAAUUACGUAUAUGUAUUGAGAGAGAAGACGCCAAUAAAACUUUGAAUUUUUAUUUAUUGGUGGGGUGUCAGCGUCUUUUUUCUAGUUUUAUGAAACAAAAUGGAGGCAACUCGGAAUUGAUCACGAAUAUUUUAGCUAACUAGAUCGUUUAAUGACCUGGUCCUUACGAAUGAAAUUUAGCAACAAAAAAGGCUCGCAAAUGAACUUCUCCACCAACUAUCCUUUGCGCCAAUCCACAAAGUAAUUUCCAUACUUUAAAUAUAGGUACGCAACCGAGGACAGACUGCACAAAUGAAAUUGCUGGUUCACUUUAUAGCGAAGGGUUCUAAGUGCAUCACUUAACAAACUCCUCUAAGUUGUUAGAUUAAUGCACGAAUUAAAUCGUGCCUAUUAAUAGUUAACUGAUCGCUUUCAUUUAUAGGUUGUUAACGGGAAGGGCGAAACGAAAAAACCUGGCCAAUUCUGUCGCGACUGAACAGAAAGCUUCCAAAGUUCUAGGAUUAGUAUUUUUUACGUUUGUAUUCUGCUGG